AUGGCAGCUUCGUCAGACUCGUUCUCACUACCGACCGAAUUAUGGAGACUGGUGUUCGACUGUCUCCAAGCCGACAAGGACAACCGAAGCCUGUCUGUCCUCACCCGAACGUGCAAGUUCUUCAGGGAACUCGUGCUCCCAGAUCUGUACGGCAAAUUCGAGACAUAUCCCGAUUCUGUCGGGCAAGACGAGAGCGGGCAGUCACUGGUAUUGUUCUUGCGUACGGUGGCAGAGAAUCCAGACCUUGCGUGCAUUGUGAAAGAGCUCGACAUCGGGUACGAGGACGACAUUAAUGGUGGUGGUCAGCUUCGCGAAUACGAAAUGGAACUGGUCGUCGACAUCUGCUUUCGGCUAGGUUGGCAAAACCCCCAGCUUCUGUCCCUGAAUACUUCAUCCCAACCAGCGAAGUGUUUCCGUACGGUCUCCGAGUUGCUCUUCUCGCUGCUCCCCAACCUGAACACCGCCAGCCUCGACGUCCUUCACGAGAACGAGUGUGGCCAAGAAACACCAAGUUCCUAUGCUGUCGAAUCUCUGACUGCCCUCAAGCUUCGGGAUUGGGGUUUCAAAGGAGGCUUCUCCAUGGGCGGUUACGGACGACUCAUGCAAGCCGCGGUGAACCUUCAACACCUGACCCUGGACUCGUGCAAGUCUAUCGGGGACCAACCGCCGCCGGCAAACCUGAGAGAACUGCACAUCGUCUGCGGCGGUAUCCAGUACCACGACCUCACCAAGUUUCUACGAGGGUUGCCUCACCUUGAGAGCUUCAAAUACAUCUCCUCCAUGGAAAUUGGGUCGCAGAACGAGGCAACACCAGCCGAGAUAGUAGCCGCGCUACAGCCAGGCAAAGAGACGCUGAAACUACUCGAAAUCGACUUCGAGCGAUCGCUGCAAAUGUACUUCCGGUAUUUCCACAAUCACUACGGAAGCAGACAAGAAUGCAUCCGUACUCUCCAGGACUUUCCCCAGCUUCAGUGGAUCAAACUCAGUCAGGACGCCAUCUUCCGGCCGGAUGGACCAGGCGUCUUGACAGAUGGCACCCUCCUGACCGCCCUGUUUCCCCCCUCGCUGAAUGCACUAUACCUACUAAACAACCAUCGCAAGCUCUUCGAGGACGUCUUCCAGUUCGCGGACGCUGUAGCAGAAGGGAAAUUCCCAAAUCUGCGAUCGGUCUGGCUGUCGGGCAAACCUGCGCCCUGGUACCAUAAGCUUGCCAGUCAUGCAAGUGGAACGAAGCACGAGGAAUUCAGCGAGGAGGAGGAGAAAGACGUCGCUGGGUAUUUCGCACUUGCCGGAGUCGAGUUUGUUUAUGGAUGCUACUGA